AUGAAUGAUGAAAUAAAAACCUACAGGUUCAUUUGGGCCCCUGAAGGACAACGUGUUAUUGCCAUGGAUAACGCUGACACUGACGUUCACAAAGGAAUAAUAGUUGCAAUGUUACACCACACGACGCUGUUCAACUACGCUGGCCUACGAACGAUCCUGGAGUGGGCAGCACUUGCAUCGGAAAAAUUCCGCAGUGCUUCUCUUGGGCUUAGCAAAGCUGCUUCGGGGGUCCUCGCAAAACCGCCCAGGUGGCAAGAGUGCGUUCGCACUGUGAGCAAUGUGCUGCCAGAGAUCGUCGGUUACCGUUAUGUCCAGCAAAAGUUCAGCGUGGAAGCCAAGAAAGAGGUCGAAGACCUUGUAAAAAGGAUCGCGGAUGUAUUCAACGAAACGAUUCGGGGAAAUGAGUGGAUGGACAACGCCACUAAAAGGGCUGCGGAGUCUAAGCUGGCAAAAAUGGCAGCGAAAAUUGGAUAUCCAAGCUGGCUACUAAACAUGACAUACCUCGAGGAACUUUACAAAUACGUGCCUCAGCUACACCUCAGCAGUUCCUUCUUGGAAAUGUAUUACGCCAUACUCAAAAACAACUGGAUGCGAACAUUGGUGAAGCUCGGACGACCGUUCGACCAGGAAGCCAAGUAAGAAGUUAUA